UAACAUAGUAAAAAUGGCGAGGUUUACCAUCAACAACUUCGUUGUCAUGGCCGCUAUUUUCUUGGCUGUAGUUUUGGCUUUUACAAGAUCAGCUGAUGGUUCAUAUGAUGGCGAGCAGCAAGCAGCUUAUUACUCGCCGACAAAGUCACCACCACCACCACCACCAUCUAACCCUACAUGUAGGAAGUUGCUUGAACUCUGUACAAGUUACGGUGCUUACAGUUGUUGCGGAGGGUUUGUUUGCGGAGGUAGGUUUGAAAACCUUCCUGUAGGAGUUGGAGUGUGUACGCCUUCGAAUCAACCACCACAGCUACCAGCACAAGAGUGUCAAAUUGCGCAUCAACUUUGUCAGCCUUAUGGUGAUUAUAGCUGUUGUAAAGGAUUAACCUGUGUUCAUCCUCGAACACUACCUCCAGUCGCGGGCAUUGAACCCGAACAACUGAUGCUUCCUCCUGGUGUUGGGAUAUGCGAGCCGAUUAAACUUUAAUUUAAGAUCACAGCUAGCUAUAUGAAUGUACGUGAUCCAUGGUCUUCUUCAGUCAGUCCUUCAUGCAUGUUUUAUUAUUUCCAUUAAAUUUUUUCUAUUGUUGUAAAUUUGUUUAAAUAUUUAUCCUAUUGUAUUUUGAAUAUUUGUAUUAUUACGAAAUUGUACGUAUCUUUGAGAUUUAUGCAUUAUUUUGUCAUUUUUAUUA